CUCAUUGCGUCUGCUUAGUCGCCUAAUCGCCGUAGAAGAAGAAACAAGCGGAAGUGGAUGUGUUUACAGGCUGCUUCGAGCAGAGAAAUGGAGAGGAAUGACGAGCAGGUCCAAACUAACGGCAGCAAAACGCUGCUUGUGCGCCAUUUACCAGCUGAGCUCACGCAGGAGGAGAAGGAAGACCUCCUGAAGUAUUUUGGAGCUGAUUCAGUCCGGGUCUUCUCAAACACAGGUCGAUUGAAACACGCAGCCUUUGCAUCCUUCAAAAGUGAGAGGUCUGCAGCAAAGGCACUCAGCAGGCUCCAUCAGUUAGAGGUUCUUGAUCGUACGCUUGUUGUAGAGUUUGCAAAAGGACAGGAUCAUGUGACUGUAUUAACGGACCCACCAGUGUCGAGCAGUGGUAAAAAUAUUAAAGCGGAGCAGAAGAAACAAGAAGCCAAACAGCUAAAUAUUCCUCUUAUAGAGACCGGCGUUGCUCCUGACCUCGGGCUGAAAUUCCCGUCCAGUCCCACUCUGAAAUAUUUAUAUCCUCCUCCUUCUAAUGGCGUCCUGACAAAUAUAACACAUGCUCUCAUCAGUGUGCCAAAGUUUUAUGUUCAAGUACUCCAUCUGAUGAACAAGAUGAAUUUACCAUGUCCGUUUGGCCCCGUCACUACCAGACCCCCCCUGUAUGAGUUCCUGCCUCCUGCCCCGCCCAUCCCCAUGCCUCCCCCCUUCCCUCCCGACUUCCCCCCUUUACCUGAGGAGGAGAUGGAGCUGUCCAGUGAGGAAGAAUCAGAGUAUGAGAGUGAGGACGACGAGGACAAGGAGAGGAUUGUUCGUCUGAUGGGUCUGGUCAACCAAGCGUGCAAGAGACCCCUGAGACCAAAAACAGCUUCAAAGAGAAAGAAACCCAGGAUCAAGGAUCUGCUCUAUGCUCCCAAACCAGACUCUCAGAGUGCUCCGAUGCUGCAGCCCUCUGACGUGUUUGAGCAGCCUCAACCCGCCGGGCCCAAGAAAAUCGAGUUCCACAUUUCUGUUCCUGAGGUGGCAGCCAUGAUGGAGGGAAGUGGGCGGGGUCAGCCUGAUGAUGCCGACAAAGAUGGUGACGAGAGGGAUGUCAGUCAGGAGGGGACAGAAGCCGAAGGCUUUGGGAAGCUUUAUCCUACCGCCCCAACGUCACAGCAGCAGAAGGAGCACAGUGACGACGAGCACGACCUGACGUCGGACAUCAUCUCCAGGAAGGAGCUGGAGAAAGGCCGGCUGUCAAGAGAUGAAAUAAAAAGGAUGUCCGUGUAUAAAAAUUAUGAACCCGGAGAGCCCACCUGCAGACUUUACGUGAAGAAUAUCGCCAAACAAGCGGGGGAGAAAGACCUGAAGUACAUCUACGGACGCUACAUCAACCCGUCGUCAGAGGAGGAGAGGAACAUGUUUGACAUUGUGUUAAUGAAGGAGGGCCGGAUGAAAGGACAGGCCUUCGUAGGACUCCCCAGUGAGCAGAGUGCGGAGAAAGCCCUGCGGGAAACCAACGGCUACGUUCUGUUUGACAAACCCCUCGUCGUGCAAUUUGCCAGAUCUGCACGACCGAAAGCAGACAACACAGAAACCAAGAGAGGAGCGAAACAACGAUGACCUCUGCAGUUGAGGUGCAGAGGCUUGAUUUUGAGGCCCAGCAGAACCAUGUGUAUCCUUAACGGGGAAUAUCCUUUUG